ACACCCGUAUUCUCAGAUGUCACUCAAGAUUUCCUCCACUCGACUCAACCUCGGUUGAGGAUUUUUGGUAUUCAUAGUUGACAUUUACGUCCUCGACUUAUGGUUCUUCCUCACUGGAGGUGAGUAAAAAUUGAGGAAUGAACUGUCAAAUGUAAGGUACCUCGUGACCAACCUUAAGGACUACUCAACGCUUGAAAUCCGUGCAAACGCUUGUUGUGACGAUACUUUUUAUAUUACAAACUUCGAUUUUUGUUAUUAAAAUGAGUGAUAGUGACUUAUAUAGUGACUUUGAAGAGUUUAUGGAUUAUGUUUAUGAUAAUCCUUACGAUUAUCCGGCGCGGAAAUAUAUCAGAGACGCUCAAAACCCUUUGGAAUGUUACGACGAAGAACAAUUUCAAAAACGCUUUCGAUUUAGGAAAGAUACCGUUGUUCAUAUGAUAUUGCCACUGAUUGGAUUGCAAUCAAAUGUAACCAACAAAGGGUUACCUUUACCACCCAUAUUGCAACUACUCAUAGCGUUAAGAUUUUAUGCUACAGGAAACUUCCAGAUUGUUUGCGGAGACCUGCAUAAGAUCAGUCAGCCAGUUGUAUCUAAAAUCGUGGCUAAGCUAUCGAAAAUAUUAGCAAUGAAAGUAGUUGAGUUUAUCAAGUUCCCUGGAGCACACGAGAGAGCCAACGUGAAGAGAGCAUUUUACCAACGUGCUCAAUUCCCAGGGGUAAUCGGGUGCAUUGACUGCACUCACGUACCAAUUAAAAAUCCGAGUCGGGAAAAUGGAGAACUUUUCAGAAAUAGAAAAGGUGAGUUCUCUAUAAAUGUACAACUAAUAUGCGGGCCACAAAUGUUGAUUUACGACAUUGUGGCGAGGUGGCCCGGAUCUGCCCAUGAUUCCCGCAUAUUCAGCAACAGCCGUUGUAGUAUGCGCUUUGAAGAAGGGGAUUUAGUAGGAGCUGGCAUACUUUUAGGGGACAGUGGAUAUGCACAGUCGUCUUACACGUAUACUCCCGUGCUAAAUCCACAAACACCAGCUCAGGAGCGCUACAACAGAUCCCAUAUCAGUACUAGAAAUAUUAUAGAAAGGCUGAAUGGGGUCCUGAAAAGAAGAUUUGCUUGUUUAAGCAGGAAGCUUCAGAACAAAAUAAAAAAUGUCCCUAACAUCAUCGUGGCUUGUGCUGUAUUGCACAAUAUCAGUGUUAACACUAACCAAGAAAUGCCAGAACCCUUGAGGGCAAGGAUAGACCCACCAACACCUGUUCCAGACAAUGAACGAGGUAGUAUUAUAAGAGCUAGUUUUAUCGCAAGACAUUUUAGUUAAGUAUAAUUUUGUUAUGUUAGUUAUGUUUCCUCAGCAAAAAGAACGCCUUUUGUACCACUUGCUUCUUGUAUUUAAAUAAUAAAGAGUUACUGUAUUGUAUUAUGUACUACUUUAGUUUCUAUCUAGUUGUUAGAUAUGUAUUAAAUACCUAUAAUAUUAUGUUAUAAUUCAUAUAGAAAUAGUUCUUAGAAAUAUUCUUUAAGAUUCCAUUACUUGUAUCAUAGUUAAAAUUAGUUAUUGCUCCAAAUACAAAGGAUACGCUCAAUAAAAAAAAUGUAAUAAAAACUAUCAAUUUAUUUCUUUCUUUCCCUAGAAAGAUGCAGCUCUGCUAGCUCUCGCUU